CACACAUGAUGAGCGGAUACAAGAAAGAGCAAGAGCAGGACGAGAAUGGCAGAAAUACUCGAGAAUUGGUGUCGCAAGAGGCACACCAAACCAAUAACAGCUUUGUGUGGGAUGUAAAUACUCAGCUCUACUAUCACUCCAACACUGGGUUUUACCAUGAUCCUCAAGCGGGAUGGUAUUACAGUAGUAGAGAUGGCCUUUAUUACAAAUUUGAAAACGGGAACUAUGUUUUGCUAGAGCCUGAUCAGGGUGAUGAGUCCCAGAGUAAUUGUAAUGCCAUCCAAGAUGAGCAUUGUGAAUAUGUCAAUAUUCAUGCGGAAGAGGAGCUUGCUUCAGUAGGUGAAUUAUAUUCUAAAGCAGCAGGAACUAUUUCUAAUGGAAAUUCUGAGGCAUACCAUACAGCCGGAGUUGGGAAUGAGCUGCCAGGAAAUCCACCACCCUCAGAAUGGCUUGAAGAUACUCUGAUUGAUCUUUAUCUAUCAAAUUAUCCCAAUCAUUCAAUGCAUGUGGAAAGUAAUGACUUAGAUGGCUCAAAUGUAUCAGCAACUGGUGCAGGGAAUGAUGAUAUAUAUGAACUUGAGGAAGGUGAAUGGAUCCCAGAUGACCAUCUAGUUUCAUCUUGUUCAAAUGCAAAUUUGUUGGAUGAAGGUACUUCUUUAGAGGAAGAACACUGGCAAGCUCAGUUUGGUCAAGUUACUCGACCAGAUGAAGAUUCAUUAUCUAAUAUUCAAGCGAUCAAUUUGUGGGAUUGGUCACUGGUAAAAGGGAGCAGGAAAGAGAAAAAACAUAAGGUGACCAGACUUGUUGGACGAUUAGUAAAAAGCUCUGCUAAGCUGCAUCCGUCAAUGCCUUCCAGUGGCAGUCUUCUGAGAACUGCUCCAGUAUGUGAAGCUCAUCUUGAUCUGGUACAAGUUAAAUCAGGCAAGGUGUAUAGGCUGCGGAAUCCCAGCUCACAAUACCUGGCUUCUGUAUCUACUUAUGAUUCCUCAAACCCAACAAAAGACUGGGGCUUUCCUCAAAUGUUAAUGUACGGACUAGUCAGGGCAGAUACAUCUGGUCAGGGAUAUGAAUCCAGAGGGCUUGUUAGUCAGAAGGAUUUCUCUUUGCCAUGUGACCAUAAUAGUGCAUUUGAAAAGACCAGAGGCCAUGUAUAUAGAGAUAGAGCUGCAGAAAGGCGAGCAUUGCAUAAUGGGAUUGGUGUUGGUCCAGGACAAAAGAACACAUUUGAUUCUCCUGAUUCUGGUCCAUCCACUUCCACAUCAGCUGGUGGAGCGGAAGCAAUGGCUGAAUCCUUGAACACAUCAUUUGGAGCAGGCAGUUAUGCCAGAAGAAUUCUAGAAAGCAUGGGCUGGAAAGAGGGAGAGGCACUUGGUAGCAGCAACAAGGGAUUGAUUGAACCAUUACAAGCAACUAGACGUACAGGAAACGCUGGGUUGGGAUGGAAUCAGAGCAGAGGAAAAUAUUCUUUAUAAAGUGCUAUCUGACAAUAACACACUGUUUUUGUUAGCUCGACAAAAGUGAGAAAACCAAGAAGCUCCCAGACCAAACAUACCUCAGAAGGCCAAAAGAAAUAAAGCUCUUAUUUUAUUCUUAUACUUCUAUGUGGCCUGCGUGCCAUUGGUGCUUUUAUUACGUUUUAUCGUGGCAUGUAAGUCUAUUACUGUUGCAGCCUGCGUGCUUUAGUCAGUUAUUUUGGCAGCCUGUGAGUGGAGUCUUUAUGGCAGCUUGUGUGCCUCCUGUGUCGUGUGGUCUAUUGGUCCACCUUAGCUUGUUUGGUUGCCUAUUUACUGUCGUUAUGCUUUGGUGUCGUGGUAGUGGUUGGCUGGUUUGGGGCUGGGCCAGUGGCUGAUUUGGUGAUCCCUGUGGUCUGCAUGUUUUGUAGCUUUAUUAUUUUCUUAGUAUAAGUGCUUCUUUAGGCCACUGUUACAACUUACAAGGAGGCUUAUCUGUACGGAUGUCGCUGUUCCUUGUCUCAUUAUUUAUAGAAGUUUUCUUUUGAUUUGUUAAUAAA